UGGAGUUAUUCAUGCAUGUUAAGUUUGCUCAAGGACUGAUAUCAUAAAUUCCCUCUCUAUAUAAGUGGUCCAAGAAGAUGAAUUUCCUACAGGCUGUCUCUUUACUGGAAGCCUCAAUUCUGCAAAAAUGAAAACCAUCUUGGCCUGUCUUCUUGUUCUUGCUGUUAGUGUGCCACUGUCCAAUGCUUCUUGCUUCUUCCAACCAAUGAAGCCAGAGACAUCUGAUGGCUGCCUUGACUCAAAAGGAAACCUGCAUCAAUUUGGAUCCAGAUGGAGGACAGAUGACUGCAUGGAUUGCUACUGUUCCAGGGAUGCAAUUGAGUGCUGCACUAGCUAUGCAACACCAGUUGGCUAUGAUGAAGAGAAGUGUGUAAGAAUUUUCGACAAAGUGACCUGCACGUAUAAAGUACUGGAGAAAAAUGAUCACUCAAAAGAGUGCCCAGUCCAUCAGUGGGUGGGCUAACAUAGAAGGCCUGUGG